AGAAAUCAAGAAAGCAUGGUUUUUCACAAGAUUUUUCUAUUGUUUCUCCUUUACCUCUAUUUCUGUGCUUUUGGUGCCGCUAUUGCACGCCCCGGCCAAAACAUGUUCAACUCCAAUGAUUCUGUACUUGUUGGGGUAGAGCUUCCUGAUCACCAAGGCUUCAAUUCAGUUGCUUCUCCGGCCAAUACAGGGUGUGAUCUAUCACAGACGGAGAGAACUUCGGCUAAACUCUCAGAAGCAGCCGUGCCUGAAGAAAAAGACGACGAUGAUGCUGAUGGGUAUGUGGUAGGAAGCGAAGCAGCCCACAAAGGGUCUCUGAAGCUUCAUCUCAAACACAGAUCAACAACUCAAAGAGCCCAGACAGGGAAGAAAGAAUCAGUCACUGAAUUUACCUCCAGAGACCUCACCAGAAUCCAUACACUUCACAAGAGGAUCAGAGAUAAGAAGAACCAAAACAUGCUCGCAAGAUUGACGGCCGAGAAGCAGCCACUGCCGGUGCUUAAACAGUUUUCUGCAUCAGCAGAACCGGAAUCUAUUACCGCUGAUUCCACUGGCAGCCUUGUGGCUACUCUAGAAUCUGGGGUUACCCUCGGAUCAGGCGAGUACUUCAUGGAUGUUUUUGUGGGUACCCCUCCAAAGCAUUUCUCUCUGAUACUUGAUACUGGAAGUGAUCUCAAUUGGAUACAAUGUCUUCCCUGCCAUGACUGCUUUGAGCAGAAUGGUCCCUUUUAUAACCCACAAGAGUCUUCUUCGUUUCAGAAUAUAACCUGCCAUGAUCCUCGUUGUCAACUGGUAUCCUCUCCUGAUCCUCCACAGCCCUGCAAAGCUGAGAACCAGAGCUGCCCUUACUUCUAUUGGUAUGGCGACUUCUCGAACACUACCGGAGAUUUCGCUGUCGAGACCUUCACUGUCAAUCUCACGACGCCUGCCGGAAAGUCUGAAUUCCAGAAAGUUGAGAAUGUCAUGUUUGGAUGUGGGCACUGGAACAGAGGCCUCUUUCAUGGAGCAGCUGGAUUACUAGGACUUGGCAGGGGCCCUCUCUCAUUCUCUUCUCAGCUUAGAUCACUCUAUGGACACACUUUCUCCUACUGUCUUGUGGAUAGGAACAGUGACAUGAGUGUGAGCAGCAAAUUGAUCUUUGGGGAAGACAAGAGUCUCAUGAGCCAUCCCAAUUUGAAUUUCACUUCAUUGGUGGCUGGAAAAGAAAACCCAGUUGAUACAUUCUACUAUAUUCAGAUAAAAUCAAUCAUGGUGGGUGGGCAGGUCUUGCAAAUCCCAGAGGAGACAUGGCAGUUGUCGUCAGAGGGCGCUGGAGGAACCAUCAUCGAUUCCGGCACAACGCUUAGUUACUUUGCCGACCCUGCAUAUCAGUUAAUUAAAGAGGCAUUUGCAGAGAAAGUGAAGUACCCUGUAGUGAAGGAUUUACCUGUGUUGGAUCUUUGCUACAAUGUGUCUGGAGUGGAAAAAUCAGAGCUGCCUGAAUUUGCAAUUCUGUUUGGAGAUGGAGCUGUAUGGAAUUUCCCAGUGGAGAAUUAUUUCAUCCGACUGGACCCUGAGGAGAUUGUUUGUUUGGCGAUAUUGGGUAUGCCGUCUUCUCUUUCGAUAUUGGGGAACUACCAACAGCAGAACUUUCAUAUCUUGUAUGAUACAAAGAAGUCUAGGCUUGGCUUUGCACCAAUGAAGUGUUCUGAUAUGAGUGAAGAAGGGAAGAGCAGAGGAUUCGUGGGUGGUGAUGACCAGCAACAACAACAACAAUAUGGAACAUUUCAAGGUGUUCCCAGUUAUCCUCAGCCUCAGACGGUGAUCGGAAUCCCUCAGCCGGUUCCCCCGCCGGGUGUGGGUUCCCCUUAUCCUUCUGCUCCUCCUUACUACGCUCACGGCUAUCAAGCCGUUCCAGAUUGGAAGAUCAUAAAUGAAAGUGGAGAAUGUGAAGGUGAUCAGCUGGCUAAAGAAAUAGGCACUAGUACUGUGUACAAUGAAGGGAACAAGGUAGGGUUCCAAACUCUUAGAAUCCCAAUGGAGAAGGUAGAACAUAUAACAAUUCAAAAUCCUGGAAUAAAGUCAAUUACAAUUGGAUUGGGUGAAGUGAUGGAGGAAGAACCUUCAAAGCUGCCCUCCCUCUUUGAUAUAGCUAUCCUAUUUGGUCCGCAGCUUUUGUCAUUCAUACCAGCAUCCAUUUUACCAGUUCAUUUUUGCUGGUUUUCAGUUUAUGCAGUUGCUGAAGUAAGACCUGUAAGAGAGCGCCACCUUCCUUGCUGUGGUAUUGGUAUCGGCUGGUUAUUUUUUAUCUCCGGUUUCUUUCUUGCGGCCAUCCCCUGGUAUGUUGGAGCAAUCAUACUGCUUUGUGUCAGGUCGGUAGAUUACAGAGAGAAACCUGGUCUCAUCGCUUGUACCGUUGCUAAUCUCUUCGUUGCUGAAAUGGUUACUUUCAGGUUUCACCAGUAUCAGGUGGUCGGGAGAGCACUCCCAACUGAAUCGGAUGAUCACCCGAAGAUCUACCGGAUGAAACUCUGGGCUACGAACGAUGUUCGUGCAAAAUCGAAGUUCUGGUAUUUCUUGAGGAAGCUCAAGAAAGUGAAGAAGAGCAACGGACAAGUGCUUGCAAUCAAUGAGAUUUUUGAGAAGAAUCCUACCAAGAUUAAGAACUAUGGGAUUUGGCUGCGUUACCAAAGCCGGACUGGAUAUCACAACAUGUACAAGGAAUACCGUGACACCACUCUUAACGGUGCUGUUGAAGACAUGUACAAUGAAAUGGCUUCACGCCACAGAGUGAGGUUCCCUUGCAUUCAAAUCAUCAAGACAGCCACAAUCCCAGCCAACCUCUGCAAGAGAGAGAGCACCAAGCAAUUCCACAAUGCCAAGAUCAAGUUCCCCUUGGUGUUCAGGAAGGUUAGGCCACCAAGCAGGAAGCUGAAGACCACAUACAAGGCUUCCAAGCCAAACUUGUUCAUGUAAUUCUGAACUUUCAACGGCUUCAGGUUGCAUAGAGAAAGUUUGAGGUUAGGAUUUACUGAGAAUCUGAAAUUUUGUCAUCGAUUAUGAAGUACUGUUCAUCAGAAAUUUCUUUCAGUUAUAUUAGAUUUGUG